AUGGUGACCACUGACGUUCUUCGUCAAGAUCACGUCCUGGAUCUUGCCGCGAGAGCUAUCCAGCCAGCAGACGAUAGCCAGCCGAGCCUCAAAACAUCAUAUGAAGCUGUUGCUCUAAUCGGACAUGCAUCCAUGACAGCAGUGGGUUUCAAGCUGGUAGGCCUUGGAGAAGACCACAACUUAGAAACAUCUACAAAUACACCCUCCCUCCCCACACAAUGGAACGCUAACGAUACCUUUGCCUUUCGAUACACACAUGACCAGUCAUCCAUGGAGUACCUGCUUAAAGUGAGUCGACUGGGAAACAACGCUGUUGUCUUUGCGCUGGCCCUGGGUGAUGACCGCACCAGCUCAUUCGAUCUCCCCGCCAAAGACUUCAUCUCCGCAUCUGCGCUCCCCCUAUCAUCCUCAGACAAUGUUGCAGGCUCUCUACGGGAUGUGUUCAUUUCGCCAGCUCGUCUGAGCGAUUUGAUCGGACUCUUCAAAAUCAACGUCAUCCAGAAACUUGCGCCCGGGUUGCACAAAGAAGGCUACGAAGAGAUACCCCAGGUUUCCAGAGAAAGACCACAGGAAGGAAGAGCCCGAGAUCCUCUGCGUGAUGAUUUCCCUCAGCCUGCUCGUCCCUAUCCAUUUGAUGACCCUCUAUCUGCAGCUCCUCGCCACCCCAACCCUGUACCAGACUUUGCCCCGCCCGGGUUUGAAGAUGAAUUUGAGAUCAACAGCCCUCCACGAGGAUACCCAGCAGGACUUGGUGGUGGAGGCAGAAACCCGUACAAUAUUGGAGAAAGAGAUCUUUACCCAGCUGGACUUGGACCUCAUGAUCCGCUCCGCGGAAGCAUGGGCCCUGGCUUUGGCCCCAGUGGCGGGGGAUGCAUCCCACCUUUGAUGAUCCCCUCUUCGGUGGGGGUGGUGGUGUAG